CUCGGCCUUUGUUUGUAACCCCAAUCCCUCUCACGGACCCUCCUUACAUACAAGGCCUAUUGCUUCGGUAACCCGGCGGAUUUUGACGCUAAAGCGACCAAAUGGCUCAGAGCUCAUACUAUUCUCUUUCGCCUUCUCCGGGUGUCGAGUCUUCUCAUUCUUCCGACUCUUCCUCUGGCGACGAGUUCCAAUCUACUGGAUAUGAGGGUAUUGAAGUCUCGCGACCUGCCUCGCCACUACCAGCCGAAGGGCAGUUUCCUGUCACAGAAGGAGAUGAUACCAUGACUUGUCAGUGGGAGGACUGUGGCAAGGUGUUCGACCAUCUGCCCUCCCUGAUUGAUCACAUACAUAAUGAUCAUAUUGGUGUGCACAAGUCCAAUUACACAUGCGAAUGGAAGACCUGUGCCCGCAGAGGGAUAGCGCAGACAUCUCGCUUCGCCCUGAUUUCUCACAUACGCUCGCAUACUGGCGAGAAACCAUUCAUCUGUACUCGCCCAGAGUGUGACAAGUCAUUCACCCGCUCCGAUGCUCUCGCAAAGCAUAUGCGCAUGCAACACAACAUGGUACCUCCUGCUCCCGGGCGCGGUGGAAACAGAAAGCGAAAGCGCGACGAAGCGGAGCCGACUGUUCAACCUACCACCGACGGCUACAGCACUUUCAAAAUCGAUCCCCCAGACAACGGAGAUUUCGACGACCGGAUGUCGCCCAUGGAUGCGAAUGGAGACCAUACCAAUGUCAACAGCAAUGGCCGUUCACUCAGCCCUGACUUUGACGACGAGUCCGACCCCGAAGAUGAAAUACCGCCACAUCUUCUCGCUAUGCAAGAUCCCGGCACGGGACUAAUUUUCGGGCGAACCCCAACGAUGGUGAAGUACAUCUUGAUGAAAGCGAAGCACAAGCAUCUUCUCGACGAACACGCGCAUCUUAUUGAAGAGCUACGAAUGGUGCGCCACGAGGAGCAGUUAUGGAGGGAGCGCAAGGAUGCCUUACUGGACGAGGUCCUACGCGCGAACUUCGGCCCACAAGCCGAAGAGUUAGUGCUACCCCCUGUUUCCGCUACAUUCCUCGCGUCCUCCCGCGAUGAUCUCCGCCGCGUACCGUCACCAGACGUAGAUAAUUAGUUGCAUAUUUGGUAUCAUGUAGGAUUUUGUAGCACUUGUGAGUAUCGAAUAUCGAUCACUUGUC